AUGGUUGGCAUGAGCUUCUUUUUAAGCUUUGACGGGAUGGCGGCCUCUUCGUCCUCGUCCUCUGCGGGAGGAGUGAGUGGGAGCUCGGUUACAGUUUCUGGGUUUAGCGCCUCGGAUCUGGCUCCUCCAAGAAAAGUCCUGUUCACUUAUCCCAAAGGAUCAGGCGAAAUGAUGGAAGAUGGCUCCGAUCGGUUUCUCUGCGAGUCCGUCUUCAGUUAUCAAGUGGCUUCUACUUUAAAGCAAGUCAAACACGACCAGCAGGUGUCGCGGAUGGAGAAGUUGGCGAGUCUGGUGGACGAACUGGAGGCAGACGAGUGGAGAUACAAACCUAUAGAGCAGCUCCUCGGGUUCACUCCAUCAUAA